AUGUCGGCACUCUUUAGCAUAGAUUCUUUGUUCAGGGCUCUUAUAUUGGCUAUAUGUACUGCAACAUAUUUGAAGCAGCAUUUUCCAUCUCUUGUAUCAAAGAACAAAAAGGGCUUCUAUUCUGUCUUUCACAAGCUUUCUGUUGUUGGAGAAAGGCUUUCCCCCUUUGUAGCAUUGUCUUGUAUCUUUCUAGGAAUCGGAAAGAUCACUUCCAUAUUUCUCUAA